GUUAGAAACCAAACCAAAGAACCAAGAAUACUACUUUGUGCGCUGUGAUGUGAUAUUCAAUUGUAAAAAAUAAUGAAUUGUCAUCAAAUCCUAAGUGGUGCCUGCAAUGCAGGUGACCGGUGCUUCGCAAUUGGCUCCGUGGAAGGCAUACCUUUUACAGCAUACGCGGCUGGCUGCAAUGUUGUCAUACUUGCAAGCACCUUCGACCGUGUCCAGAUCAUACCUGGCGCGAAUCAUGGCUACGUUAAGAUUUCGGCCCUGGACUGCAGCACCGAUACCGGUAAAAUAGCUGCUGCCUAUGAGAAUAAAAUUUGCAUUUUCGAGCCUACGCCGGUAAUUGAGUCCAGCAAGCAUAACACCCACUUUCUGGACUACAGGUGGGUUCAGACUGGAUCGUUUACCAGCCACUCGAAUGUGGUGACGUUAUCUUGGAAUUUGGAGGGUACACGCCUACUAACAGGCGGCACCAACAUACAGUUAUGGAAAAGCAAAUCCCCAGCGCAUCCGCAUGAGGAGGAGCAUACAGCUGUCAAAUUCGAGAUAGGCGAGAGCAAGGAAACCAAACAAACACCUAACGCCGGGUCGGAUGAUGUCUCCACAUGGGAGAACAUUUGGUCCUGCCAAACGGCCAUACCCAUUUACCACAUGGCAUUUAGUCCCGAUGGCACACUUUUUGCCACCUGUGGUCGCAACGACAGACUGGUCAAGAUCUGGUAUGAGAACAAACAAGUGCUCUUUCCAGCCAAAGGCAACGCCAAAAGCACCAGCAACAACAACAGCUCCUUCAACGCCAGUGAGGAUGGUGGGGGCCUUGGGGGUGAAUUAAACUUCACAUACGUUUACAUUGCACAUCCGCGUGCCGUCUCUAAUAUUGUCUGGCGCAAGACUAGCAAAUAUAUGCCCAAGGGCUCGGUGGCCAAUAUGUUGGUGACCUCGUGUCUGGACAAUAUUUGCCGUAUUUGGAUUGAAACAGUGCUGCCCGAUGAUGGGCUGGUCAAUAUGACGCAAUUUGAUCCGUUGGCCUCACAGAAUCCCAAGUUCCGAACGCAUCGGCAUAAACAUCGCUUCAUGCAGAGACUAAAGCAUAUGAAGACUUGCUUUCAUCUUCGCCGGCACAUGAAAGCGGGCGCUAAUGCCACAAGCCAGAGUAGUGGUGGCGGCACCGGUGGCGGGGUUGGCACAGGCAUUGGCUCCGGCUUGGGAACAGUAGGCAGCCCACCGGCCAGUUUUAGUAACUAUCAGGGUCCCAUACCAUCAUUGCCAUCCUCGUGCAGUGUCCACGACUUUCAUUCGUAUGGCUUUCACGGGUCUGGGGUGACACCUGGCAUGCAUUUUCAUUUGGCCGCCAGCAUUAAUGCCGAAACGGAUAUACCGCUCGUGCCGUCCAUGCAAACUUCGGAUCCGGCCAAUCAGAAUGUCUUUAUCUUGCACUGGCUGAACAAUAAGGAGAUGCACUUCACACUGCAGGCAGAGGCCAUAUUGCAAGAGUUAACCAAAAAGGUAAUCGACGAGGAAAAUGGCGGUGGACAUGGCAGUGCCGGCAACGCCUCCACUGCUGGUGGGGGCGGCGUAGACAUACCCGAUGAGGCGGCACAUAAGAAGUUUAUUCGUGCCGCCUCUAAGUCCGUAUCAGUCGAUGACAGUGGUGAAGAGUACAGUAAAUAUUCUCAGCAUACGGCUGGCACAGGUGCUGGAAUGCAUCUGAACUCAAUGUCCAAUACAACGUCGCAAAAUUCGCUGAACAACGACAACCAUAAUCCGUUGCCACAACUGGUCGAUUCGCUGGAUAAUAAGAUUGAAUGUCUACUGCGCGAUUGGCAUCAGAGUCCAGACUUACUCUUCGCCAUACAUCCAGUAGAUGGCAGCUAUUUGAUCUGGGUCAUCGAGUGGCUGGAUGAUUACUAUCCUGGAUCGUUUCGGCAGGCGCAGGUUUCCUUUUCCACACGCAUACCUUCGGCCUUUCCGCUUGGCGACGCCAUGUCCAUGUCCACUACGGUCAGCCUCUUCAAUACGGGCUCGCAUCCAUUGGCCUUUCGCGACAUUGCAAAUAAUGUGAAGAGCAAGGAUGAGUUUCAUAAGAGCGGAACGGACGAUGGUUCCAUUAAGAGUGAUCAGCACUCCAGUACAACAUAUGAAAAACGCGAUGAGGAUGCCGAUCAAGAUGAUGGCGCAGGUGAUACAGAUGCUGGAGCUGAUCACAGUGUCGCAGCAAGCAGUGGCGAGAAUACGACCACACAGGAUGCUUCCGGCGCACUACCAUUAAAUGUCUCACCAUCAGUGUCGAUGGUGACCAAGCACUCCAAUGGCACUCUGAAUCUAUGGCAACUGACCUUUGCCUUCAAGACAAAGUUCACUCAAGUUCUGAGCAUUGGUCACGUGAGUCGGGCCUCUGGACAUCGUUUCCGUGUGAACGACAUCACCUGCCAUCCGGUGUUGCCCCUUCUUGUCUCCACAUCGCAUCACAAUUUGCCCGAUUCGGAGACCAAAUCACCGAUGUCACCAUUUGAGCAACCACUAGCUGGUAAUGCCGGUGGAUCCAAUUCCAGCAAUGGUGAAAAAGAUAUUUUCACGCCUACCGGCUUUUGCUCCGAGCUGAUUCUGUGGCGUGUAGACUCGGUGGGGCCACUCUGUCAUUCUGGUGGCGUUAGCGAGCUGGCACGAAUUAAUUCGCCCGAGAUUUCGGCCUUCAGCAACGUGGCCUGGAUACCAACACUGUUGCCAAGCACCACCUUGGGUAGCUACAGCAAUUCACCCUCGGCUUGUUUUGUUGCCAGCGAUGGGGAGAAUUUGCGCGUCUAUCAGGCUGUGAUUGAUGCACGCACUUUGCUAGCCGAGAUCUCAUCAUCCGAAAACCUAAACACUUUGCACAAAUCGCAUUCGCUGUCUUCGAUGAUCUCGAAUGCAUCGUCAACGAUGAAAGCGCACCGUUCGGCCCUGCACGACAAGCUGAAGGUGGUAUCUCAGCAGUCGACUGCGCGACCAGGCUGCAUUCUCCAGUUAGAUGCUAUAUCGGAGGCCAAGCAUGAUUGGCAAAACACGCAGUUUUUGCAUGUGUUCCAAGCCCAGCUCAUAACGGGUGGCCAACGUGCAUCAACGUCUGACGCUCACGAUCUGGAGGAGCCUAAGAUGAAUGCCUUGCUCGAAUCGGAUAUGGAUGCCAUUGUGGACUUACAGCGCAACGCAGAUUUUGAGGAGCCCUUCUAUAUUGUGAACAUCGAAAAGACCCUGCGAGGCAGCACAAUUCACAUGUGGUGCAUUGUCAUCUCCUCAAAACAGCAAUCUUCGUUCCUCUCCGAAACUGCAAUGUAUGUUCCCGACAGUAAUUUGACACAGGAGCCGGAUGAGAAUGAAGGCGGUGGUGGGGCACGUCGCAUGUCCCAAGGAGCUGAGACGCUGACAGGUGCUGAGCACUUUGGUGCGCAUGUGGAGGCGCCGCAUAUUUCCAUAACAACUAAAAAGGUGUGCACACAGGAGCUGCCACUGCCCGAGGGUGUCGACGUGAUACACGCCUCACCAGCGGCGGGCCAUCUGAGCUCCUCCUCCAUUUAUCCAGCUUGUUUUGCACCCUACAUUAUUGUAACUGCUUGUUCGGACUCGAUUUCACGGUUCUGGAAGUGUGAGCCCGUGAAUGAUGGUGAAGCGGAAGGCGAUGCCUAUCGCUGGUCCGAAUGGAAGAUGUUUAGUCGUAUCCAAGAGUCAGCCAUUGAAAUACCCGGACAGCCAUUAAACAUCAGUGCUGCUUAUUCCGGACGCAUUGCCUGUGCUUAUAAGUAUGGAAAGAGCUUCACGCGUCCCAAUAAGGGUGACCCGGAUUCACGCUACGUCAACCUCUGUGUGGCCAUUUAUGAGUGUGAGAGCUCGGGCGGAAGUGAAUGGGUUCUGGAGGACACCAUACACCUUAAGAAUGUCCAUUUGCCCCGUAUUAAUAUCGGUCAUGGCAUCGAUCUCAGCUAUCUGCACGACAGUCGACUGCUGGCUAAAAAGCAGCGCGUUAAUCAGGUGCUGCACACUUUUGCCCACGACGAUAGCCGUUCGCCCCGCAGCGGAGAGACUACACCGGAGCUGGCUGUCAAGCAGGCAGCUGCCUCCGGCUUGCUGACAGUGCCCAGCUUCAGUACUUUGCAGUCCUUGCGCAAGAGCAUUGCCGAGAAUGGCAACACCUGUCCGUUGACUCAAAAACAUUUGGUGCAACUGGAUUGGGUGUCCAAGGAAGAUGGUUCUCAUAUAUUGACGGUGGCCGUCGGCAGCAAGAUCCUGCUCUACACACCCGUAAGCUCGGAUGUUGCACAGGCAAACAUAAAGGCCAUGAAGGAGUCGCGUUCGGUCAAUCGUCCGAUCCUACGCAAAGCUAGCUCCUUGGCCCAGCCCAAUUUUGUGGAUGAAAUUCGUUGGAUGAAGCUGCGACAGAUCGAUUUACAAACCGCAGAUGGAUUGCCGCCCUUGCCCAUGCAAAUAUCCUGGGUACGCGAUGGCAUACUGGUGGUUGCCAUGGACUCCGAAAUGCAUGUCUACUCGCAAUGGAAGCCACAUUAUAAUCAGCAUUUCUUGGGCAGUGCCGAAGAUGUGCCCGACACGCGUAAUCUCAGAGAUGAGGACUUGCGCUCACUGGCCAAUGAGUCGACACAAUUGCGUCUGAAAACGGUUGCCUCUAUGCCAUUGAUCAGCAAGGUGAGCACAGCUAAUCUUCAGCUGUUGUCUCAUGACAAGAAGCGACGUCUUGGAAAUAGCAGCAUGGGCGCCAUGCCAGCCUCCAGUGCCGGAGAUGCCGGCAAUGAUGAUUACAUGACGGACUUUGGCCUGUUUCAGGCCUCACGCAUUGCCUGUCCCGUCCUACCUCAAUACCAUCCCAAACAACUGAUGGAGUUGCUUAAUUGUGGAAAGAUUCGUUGGGUAAAGGCCAUUCUGGCGCAUCUGGUGCGUUGUAUGAGCGGUCCAAGCACUGUGGGAGGCAGCGGUUCUGGACAGGAUGAGGAUGGCUCUGCCCGUCAACGCAGCUGGUCACGUUCACGCACGCUAAGCAUUAGCUAUACUGCAGAUACGAAUAUCCAGGCUGAGCAUCGGGGCUCCACAACCCAAAUACCCGAGGAACUCAUGCUAGACUAUGCUGAGAUUAAUUCCAUACCGCCAUUGCCGCUGUGGGUGCUGCUCAAUGCAGAUCGCGAGACGCCUGGACAAUGCGGUUCCAUGCCCGAAGAUGGCAAGGAUUAUGAGGAGCUCUUCGAUUUGCACAACUCGGAGGAUAAUCUGGAUGAGCUGUUGGGCGAUGGGGAUCAGAAGCGUCAGGAUCGUCGGCUAUCUUUGCCAGAGAAGCAGAGCAUUUCUCAUUUUGGAAUACGUCAGGGUCAGCUAUUGUCACGACUUUUAACGCAUACUCAUCUACCCGGACUUUCCUCUCUGGAUCAGAUGCAUUUGCUCGCUCUGGCGGACACUGUAGCCACAUGCAACACCGAUUUCUCGGAUAAAUUUGCCGCAGACAUUGGCAAAAAUGCUGGAGGGGUACCUAAAGAUCAGGGUGCGAACAACGCUCUAACCGAUUCACUCGAUGACUGUGGUCUGCGCUUCCUGUUGGCCAUGAAACACUUCACCUAUUUGUUGCGCUGCUUGCCCCUGCAGCAGCGAGCGCAAUUCCAACGUCAGGGUGUUGGGACGGCCAACAUUGUGUGGGCCUAUCACUCGGAAAGCGAGGAGGAGCUGCUUAACUUGAUACCCAGCUAUACCAAAGGUGAUCUCAAGUGGGGCACACUGCGCGAUCUGGGCGUGGGAUAUUGGCUGAAGAACAUCAAUACGUUGCGCAAGUGCGUCGAGAAAUUGGCCAAAUGUGCGUAUCAACUGAAGCAGGAUCCACUUGAUGCAGCCAUCUAUUAUUUGGCCAUGAAGAAGAAAUCACUAGUCUGGGGUCUGUUCCGUUCCAAGCGCGAUGAAAAGAUGACCACAUUCUUUGGAAAUAAUUUCGGAGAGGAUCGAUGGCGCAAGGCGGCUCUGAAGAACGCAUUCGUGCUCCUUGGAAAACAGCGAUUCGAGCAUGCUGUGGCAUUCUUCUUGCUGGCCAACUCUCUCAAUGAUGCUAUUGAGGUGUGCAUGAAUAAGCUCGAGGAUUUCCAGCUAGCGCUGAUUAUAGCGCGGCUCUAUGAGGGCGAUGCGGAAGGCAGCUAUUAUCAUAGACUAUUGCAUGAACAUAUUCUGGGCACAGAUGUGGAGACUGGACGCUGUGACAUUACACGAGCGCAUCCUGAUCCCUUCCUCCGCUCCAUGACCUACUGGACCAUCAAGAAGUAUCAGGAGAGUUUGAAUACCUUGCUGUUGAAUGGUGUGGGCAGUUUACAUAGCAGCUACCGUGAGGAGGAUCUGCUGCGUCCAGAGACUCAUGCCACUAAUCCGAAUGUCUUUAAUUUCUACAUUUAUCUACGCACCCAUCCGUUGCUCAUUCGGCAGAACAUUGCGCUCUCGGCACAGGAGAAGCGAAUGGCGCACGUUGUGCUCUCCGGAUUCAGCUAUGCUGGCGAUGCACGCGGCGGGGCUACUGGAGGCUCUGGGCAGAACAAUGAUAAGCAGCUGCAGCUGGAGGAUUCGAUAACGCCCAUUGAGCGGCAAUUGUACUUCACGACGGCGCAUGGACACUUUAAGUCUGGGUGCCCGGCGCUGGCGCUGGAGGUGCUCAACAAGUUGCCCAUGAAAAUAACCGAUGAUGCGGGUAGUAGUGCAGCUAGUCAGACAGCUGGCAAUGAUAAGGAAGAGCUCAUUGUUUCGGGCAUUAUGGAUCAAUGGGGCACCACCAGUAACGAGACAGCACCAGCCACUGCGGAGGCUUUCGAUUGGGGUGCUCCGGUGAGCAAGUCGGAUGCAAACUCUACGUUCGAAAUCAAAUGGGAUGACGAUGAAGAAGAAGAAGCGGAGGAUGAAAAGGAAGACGGUCUAAUAACGCCACAGCCGCAAGCAACACCAGCACCCAAAUCCAACAUCAAAACCAGCGGUGGGGAAAUCAAAAUGGACAUUAUGGCGCAACAGCUGAAGUUUGUCGCCUGCCUAAAGAUCCUCAUGGAAGAGCUGUCGACACUGGCAACCGGUUUCGAAGUAGAUGGCGGCCAGCUCCGCUAUCAGCUCUACAUGUGGCUCGAGCGUGAAGUGGAGGCACUUAAGCAGUUGUGCAAUUACUGCAGCUCGGAGCAGACUGGCGACGGCAGCGAUGAGCAAUCGGGCGAUGCUAAAGACAAGGAUAUGAAUGCCAGCAUCUGCCCCGCUACAGAGCGACCGACACUGCACGAGAUACUCAUGCAGGACAAGCAGGACUUUGAAGCGAAGGUGAUGCGCGCUGCUAAGCGCAAGCGCUGGCUAAAAGCCAACGAAACACUGUUGCGCACACUGCUCAGCUACUGUUCGCUGCAUGGGGCGAGUGGUGGCGGACUGGCUUCGGUGCGUAUGGAAUUAGUAUUAUUGCUGCAGGAGCUGCAGCAGGAGAAGACGCAGCAGCAGCUGCUCAGCCCUCUACCAUUCCCCACCACACUGCCGCUGUUGAGCGCGUGUGUGGCCGGCAACAAGACGGUGAUUGCCGAUCCCAUCAAGUAUUUGCAAUCACAAACAGUGGACAUGCUACAAAGUAUUAUAAAGGUAUUGCCCUUCCCGGGCAUCGAGACGAGUGCGUUGAACGAAAUAUUCGUGUUGCGCGAUCUUGCAGUGGCUCUCUCAUCGUGCAUCUACCAAUCGUUGUGCGAUUCUGAGAGUUUUGUCGUAAAUAAUGCCUCAUUUAAUGGAUAUCAAAGUCCUGGAAUUGAGAAUAUUGCGAAGAUAAACUCGUCCUUUGAGUGCUCCUAUCUGGUAGGCAGUCGAAAUGCAUUUAAUCGACGUCGCAAGUACUCUACUGAUGAGCCGGCGGAGAUCUGCACCACCCCAUCAAAAUGGCCGGGUGUGACAAAUUUGCGCGCGCUGCUCGCUCGUGAAAAGGAUGAGGAUGUGCCUAAGCUAAAUGUCCUGCUACUCGAGUCAUUUGUGUCCACCUACAUGGCGCUGUUCAUUUACUCGCUCUCGACCUGCGACAGUCGACUGCUCUAUCGUUUGAGUGGUCAGAACUUUUCAAAUGAGACCUGGUCCACGCUUUUUGGCGGCGGUAUGAAGAAGCUGCUAAUCAAGCCAGCGGCCCCGCCCCAAUUCCAAACCAAUCACAACCAAAGUCAGAUGCAGUCGAACUCCAUGGCAGCUGCAUCGAAUACUGAUGAAAAUACGGAUGAGAGUGGCGUUUGGAGUACCGUCACCUCCAUUACAAAGCAACGUAUGCGUCUGAAUAUGAAAAUUCUAGGCAGCUUUAACAACAGCACCACCUCGGCCAAUAUGAAGGAAGACAAACCUACGUAUCGUGAGCAAUUUAUGCCGCCAGGAACAUCUAUGUUGUCAUAUUUUCUGACCAAGCCGAUCAGCUCCGAUUACGAUGACUACGAUACGGACGAUUCACAUAAGUCGGACAACGAAGACGAAGAGGAGGAUGAUGAUGACGUCAAUUUGAGUCGCACUCAACUCAAAUCCAAAGACAAUACAGAGCACACAAAUCCCACAUCCUAUAGCUGGAGCAUACUACGUCUGGCGCUAAUCAAGAUCAGCACCCACAAAAUCCAGGAGUUUGUGAAAGUGGCCGGAAUCGAGCUGCAGGAUUUGCCUGUGAUCAGUCCGCUGUCGCACGAAGUGUUGCGCACAUUAAAUCGCUGGCAAGAAUAUGCACUCAACGAUUUGAUAGCACGUGGUCCGCCUUCGCGGAAUUAUAUACCCGGCUGUUAUGCGGAGAGCGGUAUCAAUGGACUGGCCAUACACAAGUAUCGUUCGCUACUGAACAAGGAAAAUACGCCAUUUAUAUCCAGCUCCUCAGCCGGACCCAUACGUCGGCUGUGGAACUAUUUGGUGCGUCAGGAGCCAGCGCAGGAUGUAUUCAUUAAGAGCAUAUUCGGCAAGAAUCCGGAGCCAAGUACACGCAGCUCCCAUCACCAUCAACACGACAAUGAAACCGAUGAGGGUCAUUCGCACUCAACGAACGAAAACUGCGACCAAAUACGCAUCAUCCACAAGGAUCACGAAUCCAUAUUGUCCUUCUGCCUAAAGAGUAAUACCUCUUCCAUGAUUGCCUUUGCCAAUCCGCGCGAGAUACAGGAGUUCGAUAUAUCGCUGCUGUUGGAAUCGCCCAAUUGGUAUGAGGACGAAUGCGAUUACAAUAUGCUGAAUCUGUCCAAAGAAGAGGAUACAAACAGUUCCACAUUCCUCAUCAUCCAAACGCAAGAGCAAAAUCAGUUCGGUACCGGCAACACCUCGACUGAUCCCAGCUCCAGCACACAGAGCGCUUCACAAUCUGGACGCGGCACAUCCAUGCAGGUGCUACGUCACAAGGUGGAUAAUGUGAAGCGCAUGAGCGCACACCCUCUAAUGCCACUCUAUUUGACUGGAGGGCAGGAUGGUUCGGUCCAAAUAUGGGAAUGGGGUCACCAGCAACCAGUCUGUUGUCCUCGCACCUCCGGCACCUUUGCAAAAGUCACUCGCUGUCGCUUCUCCGAGCAGGGCAACAAGUUCGGCAUCGGCGAUGGUGAUGGCAACCUAAGCUUGUGGCAGGCGGGCAUCGCAUCUCAAAACAAUCGCUCCUUUAUUACCUAUCAGUGCCACAAUAAAACGUUGUCUGAUUUCGUAUUUUUGGGCGCCUGCAGUUUGCUGGCCAGCGGUGGUCAAAGUUCCGAAAACAAGAACAUUAACAUUUGGGAUACCUUGAUGCCGCACAAGAAAGCCUGUGUGUCGGCCUUUACCUGUCAUGAUCAGGGAUCGUCCUGCUUGGUGUUUGCACCUCAGCAUCAGGUGUUGAUAUCGUGCGGCAAGCGUGGCGAUGUUUGCGUCUUCGAUGUCAGGCAGCGUACGUUGCGACAUCGCUAUCAAGCACACGAUAGCACCAUCAAAUGCAUUGCUUUGGACCCGCAUGAGGAGUUCUUUGUCACAGGUUCCAUUGAGGGUGACAUUAAGAUCUGGGACAUGAAUCAGUUCAUGCUCAUCAACACUUUCCCGCACGAGCAUGCAAAGAAUGGCUUCUUCAAGCACACCGGCCAGGGUGUCAGCCAGGUGACCGUGGAUCCCUUUGGGCGUCUGUUCUCCUGUGGCUCCGAUGGCUGCAUGAAAGUUCGUCUACUUGUUGAGAAGGAUAAUAUUGUGCACUCCCUGUAUUAAAAAUAAUAAUAACAACAACAGCAACAACAACUACUAUUCUUACAAAGAAAACGAAAUUAAAUAUGUAUUGUAUAUUCGAUGCAGGCAGCUUUCACUUGUUGUGUCUGUGUGCGUGUGUUGUGUGUAAUUAUUUUGUUAAAGGUUCAUUAAUUAUUAUAUAAAUCUUUGUUUGUGUUUUUUCCACCCGAACUAAAAGUUAACGAAUAAACAAUUCGUUUAUGUUCUACGAGUA